AUGUAUCCUACUCGCAUGCUGCGCAUGCAGCCCACACGGGCCUUUGCCUUUGCUUCCCCGAAGGAGCCUCACAGCGCGCACACCAUCUCCCAGCGUCUGCGCCAGGUCAAGAGAAUCCCCCAGAAUUGCUCCCCAUCGGAUUCGUCCUCGCGUAUGUCUAAACUUAUCUUAUACGAUUUCCCGCUCAAUCCCGGAGCCCAUACCCGAAUUUUCUCCUAUCUGCUCUGCCGAACAACUCAGCUUGUGUGCGAUGCUAACUGCCAUGAUUCUAGUGUUGCCGUCGGCGCUGCCAUCUACUCUUGCGGCAAGAAGCUCAUGACCGACAAGACCCUGCGUCUCUACCGCAACAGCCCCGAGAGCCGUGAGCACUAA